UCACUACUCGUACUUCAUCACCCGUAAGGGAAUGAAGUGAGGGGGGCGUUGAAAAUCUAUAUAAACACAACAAACCUUUGUUCGCGAAUGAAAAUUGUUUAUACGAUUUGUCAGUUUUGAGUGCCCGACAUUAGUGCGUUGACAUUGUGUUGUAGGUCGUUUUUUUUCAAUUUUCUCUCUCGAAAAUGGCUGAGGCACCUGAGGGUGAUCCCAUGCCUUCUUCCAGCGAGAAUACUGAAUAUAUAAUCGAAUCAAAUCUCAAAGACGACGAAGGGCCUUCGCCUAAAAAGCGUAAAACUGUACUAAUAGAAAAUGAGCAGAUUGAAAAGUUGGAGAAUCGACUGGGGGGCAUAUUGUGUUGCGCAGUUUGUCUGGACUUGCCGCAGGCGGCCGUGUAUCAGUGUAGUAAUGGCCACUUAAUGUGUGCGCCUUGCUUCAAUCACUUGCUCGCUGACGCACGAUUACGCGACGAGACAGCCACCUGUCCGAACUGUCGUGUGGAGAUUUCCAAAACCUUGUCUUCGAGAAAUCUGGCUGUCGAGAAGACAGUUUCCGAACUUCCUUUGGAGUGCAAGCACUGCACUCGAGUGUUUCCACGUCAUUCUCUCCAGCAUCACGAGGAGAAAAUAUGCGAAGAGAGGCCUUACAAGUUUUCUCAACUGGUUGUCGAUUCGGCACCUCGUAAUCCUUUCGCUGGUUUGGUUCGCAUAGUGACCAGUGUGUACUGGCUCCUGAUAUCCGCCUUGAGAAGAACCUACUUCAUCUCUGAGGUCACGGAGGCUUCGGUCAAGCGCCGUAGGUACCACAGGGUGACGGGCUGCCGCUACGCGUCGCUGGGCUGCGGCUGGCGCGGCGCGGCGCGCGGGGCGGCGGCGCACGAGGCGGCGUGCGCGCACCCGCGCCGCUCGGCCGCCGACCUGCUGGAGCUGCUGGCCCGCCGCGAGCGCCGCGCCGCCGACGACCUGCUCGUCUACACGCAGCUGCUGGACCUGCUGUCCUGCGAGAAGAUCACUUUCAACGAUUUGCAGCUAAAGCCAUAUCGCACGGAGGAGCUGCACAAGCUGUACUACGAGACAUCACGGUUUUCUGCUUUUGCCCAUCAGUGGGUGGUGAAGGCGUUCGUUAACAAGAACCAGCGGGAUCCCACCCAGAGUUCGCAGAGAGAGAUCACCUAUCAGCUGAUCCUGAAGAGCAAGCCGUCGGCGGCGGUGUGCGUGUCGUGGGUGUGCGUGCGCGGCCCGUACGGCGACGCGCGCGUGGCGCCCGCGCUGGCGGCGCACGCCUUCCGCGACGACGAGGCGGCGCCCGCGCGCGCGCUGCCGCUGCACGACGCCGCCGACACCAACCGCCUGCUCUCCGGCAAGGCCAUCCACUUCAGGCUUAUUAUGUUUUUGACGAAUAAAUGAUGAUCACGGAAUCUAUAAUUAUGAAUAUUCUGCUUUGGACUUACCAAAGAUUGAUGCAAUAUUUUUUUAAACAUACUUAAAUGAAAUAAUUGUUGAAAUAAAUCCGUUUUUAUAAUCUAGAAUUAAAUUGUAAUUAAUUAAUUUAACAUUCUCUUUUAACCUGUACUAUAAAAUGUCCACUCUGUGUUUUUGUGUUUGAUAAAUAAAAAAUAUAAUCGAAUAUUAGUUUGUAAUUCGUUCGAAGAUUUUGAUGAUUAUAACCGAGUACAAAUAUUAUUUAAGAGAAUUCAUUGUAGAUAGUAAAAAUAAAUACGAAGUUGGUAUAAUCGACUCAAAUUGCUAUUUAUUAUAUUCAUAAAACGACAGGUUACAUUUUUUUUAAUAUAUUUUUUUGAGUGCAUUAAAUUAUGUGUCAUAUGAUAUUUAAGUAAGUAUCAUGAAAUUAUUAUAGCGCAAUUAUUAGUUAAUACUUUCGUUUAUUUAAAUAAUUUUGUGGCAAUAAAAUUAAUUGUAUUUAGUAAAUUUUGUUUUAAAAUUGAAAUGAUGUGCUAUAUUCUUAAAAAUAAAAUAGUAAAAUGACA